AAGAGUUUUUAGGGUUUCAGUCGCUGAGAAAUUUUUUGAUUCCUUUCUUUCAUCUUCUUCGUCAAGAAGAGACGCUCUCAAACUCAACCGACAUGGAUCCUAACCUCGUGAACAACCCUGAACUUCUUCAAUUCCUCAACCAAGAGAAAGAAAGAGCGAUGGUGAACGAGAUGGUGGCAAAGCUAACAAGUGUGUGCUGGGACAAAUGUGUCACUAGUGCACCGGGAAGUAAGUUCAGCUCAAGUGAGAGUACUUGCCUCAGUCACUGCGCGCAACGCUACAUGGAUAUGAGUAUGAUCAUCAUGAAACGCUUCCAGUCGCAGUGAGUCCGACAGAAGUUGAUUAUAUCAUUACUUGUUCACAAAUUUUAUUAUCCUUUUGUUUCCCCUGGCAAGUGUUAAAAACCUUUUCACUAUAGUGGAUCUUGCAAGAGUAUUCUCGGAUAUGUGUUUUUAGGAAAUCUCUAUGGUGGUUGGUUAAGUGAUUGAGAUUGUUAUUUAAGAAGUAAGAAACAAUUGUGGUAUAGUGUGAUGUUAAUAAGGAGAGCUGUAGUAGUACUAA